CGGUCAGACACGAGGACGUCUUUGCGAGCGGAUUUCGAAAAUAAACUUCUGGGCGGGACCGCGAGCGCAAUAGCGACCACAAAACAAUGGACAUCACCCGAAGCGUCCCCAACAGGACAGCAGGGGGCGCCGGGAAGGCCGGAGCCACCAUCCUCUUCUCCCUCAAGAACGAAGUCGGCGGUCUGGUCAAGGCUCUCAGGACUUUCCAGGAAAAACACGUCAACCUGGUUCACAUCGAGUCCCGCAAGUCCAAGCGCAGGAAUUCCGACUUUGAGAUCUUCGUGGCCUGUGACAGCGAUCACCAUCAGCUCAGAGAGUUGACGCAGCUUCUGGCCCAGCACGCCAACGUGGUAGAGAUAACGUCGCAAAGCCACGCCGGCAGCGCCGCCGCCGCACGGAGACCUGACGACGAGUGCGACGUUCCCUGGUUCCCCAAGAAGAUUUCGGAUCUGGACCUGUGCAACCAGGUUCUGAUGUAUGGCUCCGACUUGGACGCCGACCAUCCGGGCUUUAAAGACGUCGUUUACCGCAAGAGAAGAAAUUACUUUGUGGACUUGGCUCGGAGCUACAAACACGGCGACCCGAUCCCCCGCGCGGACUACACGUCCGAGGAGGUCCAGACCUGGGCUCGGGUGUUCCGGGAGCUCAACAAACUUUACCCCAGCCACGCCUGUAAGGAGUUCCUCAAAAACCUGCCUCUGCUGGCCAAACACUGCCACUACAAGGAGGAAAACAUCCCCCAGCUGGAGGACGUCUCGCGCUUCCUCAAAGAGCGCUCGGGCUUCAGCGUCCGUCCGGUGUCGGGCUACUUGUCUCCGCGGGACUUCCUGGCAGGUCUGGCCUUCCGAGUGUUCCACUGCACUCAGUACGUCCGACACAGCUCCGACCCGUUCUACACGCCGGAACCGGACACGUGCCACGAGCUGCUGGGCCACGUCCCCCUGCUGGCCGAGCCCGGCUUCGCGCAGUUCUCGCAAGAGAUCGGCCUGGCGUCGCUCGGAGCCGACGACGACGCCGUUCGCCGAUUGGCCACGUGUUACUUCUUCACGGUGGAGUUCGGACUUUGUAAGCAGGACGGAAAACUUCGGGCUUACGGGGCCGGACUGCUCUCCUCCGUCGGCGAGCUCAAGCACGCGUUGUCGGGCGAGGCGAAGAUCGCGCCGUUCGAUCCUCGGCUGACGUGCGACGAGGAAUGCGUCAUCACCGCCUUCCAAAACGUUUACUUUGUGGCCGACACCUUCGAUGACGCCAAGAACAAGAUGAGGGACUUCGCCAAGCGCAUCCGCCGGCCGUUCUCGCUGCGCUACAACGCGUACACGCAGAGCGUGGACGUGCUGAAGGACAGCGGCAGCAUCCGAACGCUGGUGGAAGAUCUGCGGCACGAGCUGCACAUCGUGGAGGACGCCCUCAACAGGCUCGGCAGCGCCACCGUGUGA